AUGGAAAAGUAUAGAAUACUUGGUAAAAAAGGUGAGGGUACCUUUUCCGAAGUAUUAAAAUGUCAAAAUGUACGUGAUGGAACAUUUUGGGCAGCUAAAAAAAUGAAACAAUUAUAUAAAAGCAUGGAUGAAAUUCAUCAAAUACGUGAAAUUCGUGUCCUUAAACAACUUAAUGGUCAUCCGAAUAUAAUUUUUUUACGUGAAAUUAUCUUUGAUAAACGAACUGGCACACUUUGUUUAAUAUUUGAAUUAAUGACUAUGAAUUUAUAUGAAUAUAUUCGUGGUCGACAACGAUUACUACCAAGUGAAACUGUUAAACCAGAAAAUAUUCUUAUUAAAGAUGAUAUUUUAAAAUUAGCUGAUUUUGGAUCUUGUCGACAAACUUUAUCAAAACAACCAUUUACUGAAUACAUCUCUACUCGAUGGUAUCGAGCACCUGAAUGUUUAUUAACAGAUGGAUAUUAUCGAAAUCAAAUGGAUAUUUGGUCUGCUGGUUGUGUUAUGUUUGAAAUAAUAACGCUUCGACCUCUUUUUCCUGGCAGUAAUGAAUUAGAUCAAAUUAAUAAAAUUCAUGAUGUAUUAGGUACACCACCAGCUAGCACAUUAGAUAAAUUUCAACAUCGAAAUUCCGCAGUCGAUUUCAAUUUCCCUUCUCGUCGUGGUACGGGUAUUGCUCGUCAUCUCACACAUUGUUCAUCAGAUACAAUCGAUUUAAUUAAUCAAUUAUGUGUAUAUGAUCCAGAUCAUCGUAUAUCAGCAGCUCAAGCUCUUCAUCAUCUAUAUUUUGAUGCGAUACGAAAUCAAGAAAAUGAACAAAUGAAAGAACAAGGUGGUAGUCUAUGGAAUGCAGCUCUUCGAGUAACAAAAACAAGUGAAGAUCGUUAUAUCCGAUCCGAUUCAAGUAGUAGUGGAUCAAGUGUUGAUGAAACAAGUACAUCACCAAGAUCAAAUAUAUAUAAUUCAUCUACAGGACAUCAACAAACUCUUAAACCUGAUUUUAGAGGAAUUCUUUAUCCUCCGCCAAAAGCUCAAUCAUUGGUUGAUACUCGAAUUCAGGGCCAAUCAAUAAAAAAACCUAUGCAACAUAAAUAUAACACAAAAACAAAAACAAAAUCUACAAUUUCAAAUCAUCAUUAUUCUCAACAAAAUCAAACUCAACCUUAUUAUAGUAGUUUCUCGACAGUAGGAACAGACGGUUUACCUCAUCGCUCACCUACAAAUAUGCAAACAAAUAAAAAUGGUCCAAUGCCUUUUUUACCACGAAUAUCGGGUGCUUCAGCAUUUUCAAAUUAUUCUACCACUACUGGAAAUUCUGCGUCGAUAACUAACAAAGUAAAACGAACUAAAUAA